AUGCCUCCCCGAUACAUUCCAAAGAAGGAGCGCCUUACUCUCGCCCAACUAACUACGUACGAUGAUAUCUUGACCGAUGCGCUUGUUGAUCAUGUCUAUUUCUGGACCCAUAUCCGAAAGAACAAGAGGGCAUAUCAUUCUUCCCGUGGAAUCCGAGAGGAAGAUGUCACUUCCAUCCUCCAAAAGUCUGUUAUCAUUGAGAAAGAUGCCGCGAAAGCAGAAACACAACUGCUUGCACUGCCUGGAUUGAAGAAGUUUCUGGGAAGUUUGAAGACGGAGAAGGAGAAAGACGACUUCAGAAAGCAUCUGCGGAAAUACAUUAGUAUAUACUUGCCGGAUUGUCCAUUUGAGGUUUCGACGUCAAACCGCUAUACCAUAGACACACACGAGGCGGCUGUCACAACGAGAAGAUUGAUUAAGAAAGGAGAAGUUGUGAAAUAUCUUUGCGGAAUUCAAGUUAUUAUGACACCAGAGGAGGAGGAUCAUAUCAAAAAGAGCCGUCGCGAUUUCAGCAUUGUGGUAUCGAGUCGCAACAAAUCAGCUUCAUUAUUUCUUGGACCGGCUAGAUUUGCAAAUCAUGACUGUGGAGCGAAUGCCAAGUUGAUGACCACUGGAAAUGCUGGAAUGGAAAUUAUUGCAGUCCGAAACAUUGAGCUGGGAGAGGAGGUUACAGUUAGCUAUGGCGAGAACUAUUUUGGGGAAGACAACUGUGAAUGUCUUUGCAAAACCUGCGAAGACAACUGCCAAAAUGGCUGGACCCAAGGUGAUGACAAGAACGAGAGCAUCCCAAAGUUGUCAAUCGAACAAGAAGCAUCUGGGAGCGGAUCCUUAUAUUCAUUGCGCCGAAGAUCGAAUCGACUAGAUUCUGCCGAUGACUCCUCCCGAAAUCAGUCCAUGACGCCAGACAUCAACAUCCGACCUCGGGUGUUACGAACAAUAACUAGGUCGCUCUCCGGGCUUAAGAAUGUGGAGUCUAUGUUGGGGAAGUCACCAUCAAUCGAACCACAAAUAUCUAACCUGAAGCGCAAGAGAGUAACCGAGUCGUUUACGGAAGAGUCGGCGUUCGAAAAGGAACCCCAAUCUGAGCCCGAAUCCUUGGCUUUAAAACGGGAGAGGCUUGGCGAAAUGUUGGCUCCAUCUCCAUCAUGCGAACAGCCUGGAACUGAGAGCGUUGUGAAGAUCGAAGAAUCAAACAUAGGCUUUUCGGAGAUGGCCAGUGUCCAGCCUUCUCCAACCAGCUCCACGCCGGCCUCGAGACAACGAAGUCAGUCUACGUCAUCGGCGGAUAGACAGACAUCAACGGAUGCAACCUCGGUUGAUGAUGACACCAUAGUCGUUGACGCGAGAGUCAACGCCUCUGGUAUUCCAAUCGCGAAGAAACCCAGACUUGAUAAACAGCCAAAUCCCCUGGAGCAAGCCGAAUCUGGCGAAACAAUUAUCGUUGGCCCUUCGACGAAUCCUGAACACCCUGCAGUCGAGGAGGAUGGUUCAGGCCUCUCAGAUGUGGGUAGCUCUAUAUUCGGAGGUGGUAAUUUUGAACAUUUGACAACGAAGGCAUCGAGGUGCCCCGAGAACAGUAAGAAGAGGAAGCUUAUAGAAGAGGAUACUUCAAAUGAUGGCGAACCUCGCAAAGUAAGAAAGAAAUGGGGUUCUUGUCGCACAAUUUCGAGCCCAGAACCAGCUCCUGCGCGACCCUUCCGAGUGCCAGGCGACUACGUCCUCACUCCACUCUUACUUGCACAACCAACUUCAGCUUGGAUCAACUGCAAAAUAUGCGAGGAGCCGUUCGUGCAAGAAAAUGCCUAUUUCACACGCUCAUCGUGUCCACGAUGUGAACGCCACAGCAAGCUCUACGGGUAUAUGUGGCCCAAAACCGACAAAGAAGGUAGAGACGACUCGGAGGAGCGAGUACUUGACCAUCGGACUGUACAUCGAUUUAUCAGACCCCAAGAAGAGAGAAUGGUCCGCAAGAGAAACCGCAGCGCUACAGAGAGUCGGGGCGUCACGCGAGAAGUUAGCCAAGCUAGUCAAGUUAAAGUAGUAGACGAGCAUAAGGAAGCCAGCGAUGAGAAGCAGCGGAGGAGUGGGCGGAAGAGGGUUAAGAAGGACCGUUUUACGUUGUGA